CUCCCUUCAGGGGCGUGUCCUCCCGGUUCUGGAGGUUCGCAGAGGGGAGGAGGCGCUGGCUCACCGGGCAGCUCGCCCAGGCUCCGGGCAGAGAGAGGGAGGGAGCGCAGGCCGCGGGAGCCGGAUGGAGACCAGCAGCCCGCGGUCCCCGAGGUCCAGCCCCAGUCCGGGGCUCAGCCUGGACGCCCGGCUGGGCGUGGACACGCGCCUCUGGGCCAAGGUGCUGUUCACCGCGCUCUACUCGCUCAUCUUCGCGCUGGGCACCGCGGGCAAUGCGCUGUCCGUGCACGUGGUGCUGAAGGCGCGGGCCCGCCGCCCGGGGCGCCUGCGCUACCAUGUGCUCAGCCUGGCGCUCUCCGCGCUGCUGCUGCUGCUGGUCAGCGUGCCCAUGGAGCUCUACAACUUCGUGUGGUUCCACUACCCCUGGGUCUUCGGCGACCUGGGCUGCCGCGGCUACUACUUCGUGCGCGAGCUGUGCGCCUACGCCACGGUGCUCAGCGUGACCAGUCUGAGCGCCGAGCGCUGCCUGGCCGUGUGCCAGCCUCUGCGUGCCCGCCGCCUGCUGACGCCACGCCGCACCCGCCGCCUGCUUUCGCUGGUCUGGGCCGCCUCGCUGGGCUUCGCCCUGCCCAUGGCCAUCAUCAUGGGCCAGAAGCACGAGCUGGAGAUGGCAGGCGGAGAGCCAGAGCCCUCCUCGCGCGUGUGCACGGUGCUGGUGAGCCGCGCCACGCUCCAGGUCUUCAUCCAGGUGAACGUGCUGGUGUCCUUCCUGCUCCCCUUGGCACUGACCACUUUCCUGAAUGGGGUCACCGUGAGCCACCUGAUGGCCCUCUACUCCCAGGUGCCAUCAGCCUCUGCCCCAGGCAACUCCAUCCCCAGCCGCCUGGAGCUACUGAGCGAGGAGGGCCUCCUGGGCUUCAUCGCAUGGAGGAAGACCCUGUCCCCUGGGAGCCACCCCAGCCUGGUGAGACACAAGGAUGCCGGCCAGAUCCGCAGCCUGCAGCACAGCGUCCGGGUUCUCAGAGCCAUCGUGGCGGUGUAUGUGGUCUGCUGGAUGCCAUACCACGCCCGCAGGCUCAUGUACUGCUACGUCUCUGACGAGGCGUGGACCGACGCCCUCUAUGACUUCUAUCACUACUUCUACAUGGUGACCAACACGCUCUUCUACGUCAGCUCCGCGGUGACACCUGUCCUGUACAACGCCGUGUCCUCCUCCUUCAGGAAGCUCUUCCUGGAGUCCCUGAGUGCCCUGUGUCGCCAACACCGUCCCAUGGAGCCAUUGCCCCCGAAGCCCCGGGGUCCCACCCCAGUGGGUACAGCUUCAGGUCUUGGGGAUCCUCCCGAUCCCCUGACCUGGAUGAGAUACAAGAAUGAGCAGAGAGAGAGAAUGGCUGAGUGCCCGUCACCUGCGUAUCAGACGAGGCCCGUCAUCACUGAUCAUCUCCGCUGUGCAGCCAGAGGGACUCCACUGACCCCAGCUCCGCCACUUACCAGCCACGAGCCUGCAGGCAAGUCACGUAACACCUCUUGGCCUCAGUUUCCCUUCCGUAUAACAAAGAUAGAGCCCACCUCUUAGUGACAGCUACCGUCAAAGAGCACAGCACCACCUGGGCAUAACCACACUCAAUAAAGUCUAGCCGGUGCCAUUUUG